AUGGCAGGAUCUACCAACGGAUCUAUUGCGCCCUACACUGAAUGGAACGAAGCAGUCAUUGUUGCCGUUGUCUUUGUCGGACUUCUCUCUGUCACGCUUCUGCUUCUUUUGCUUCAUGCAUGCGUGCGCAGCCAAAUUCGACUUGCAAAAAACGACGCGGGGCGGGAUGGUGGAGACUGUGAAAACACGCACCCUGACGAUAGCAUGUUGGAAGAGAAGGAAUCAGGGGUCACGCCGACGUCACAAGCUUCACAAACUUCAUUCACGCUCUCUCCUGAUCAGCCCGUGGUCUUUGAUGUUGAUACAGGAAGGGGAUACAAUGUCGAGAUCAUGCAAGUAAUAUUGACUCCGCCUACGCCAGCCAAAGAGAGAGGGGACAAGGGCGUACCUGUCCCGUGA